GUGAGGAUUUCACUCACGUCACUGUGAGAAGCUGAACUUGUCACCACCCAGCCUUUGCUGCAUUUCAGUAUCUUGAGAUAUUUCAAAGUCUUCCCAAGACAAACUUUACACUUCCUUCUUUGCUAGAUCUUUUUACUGCUUGUUCACCUACGCAAAUAAUGCCAUAGAUUUAGAGAAGGAAAUCAACUCACUUGGAAACCUGCUCCACUCCUUUAUAAUCCAUCAGUAUUAAGGAAAGGAAGAAUGAAGACAAUUAUAGAAACACCUUGUAGAAAGCAAGUACAACUUGAUAUGAUGAUGGCUGCAUGAGGAAAGGUUUCUUUCCACAGUAUUUCAAAUAUGAAGCAAUCUCAGUUCGAGUUCUUUAUCUCACCUGAUUUUGACCUUUGCUAAAUUUCUCCACAAGAAUCUGCUCUAGGACCAUUGUUUCCCUUCAUUUAGAUCCCCAAAGCAUUUAGUAGGAUGUCAGGUACUGCUGAUUUGACCUGUAUUUGAAUUAAAUAGAAAGGAGAAAAGAAAGGAUCCAUGAGUUACCUACUCGAACUACUGAUUGAAGUGGGUUUAUUCAGGUUUUUCUUUUUUAACCUCCAGCAACAUACUCAGUCCUUGUUUCUGUGCCUUAGUAGUAUAAGAGAAACCUUAUGCUUGCUGUAACUAAAAUAAAUGUUAUUUGACAAGAUCAGUUUACCUGAUCAAUCCUUAUAUUGUUUUCUGGCUGUAUGAAGCUUCUAAGUCUAAUUUUAUGCAGGAGUUGAAAUUAAAGUUAAUGUCAUAUUCUGCACGUAGGCUGUUCCUGAUGCAGCCUGAUGCUUCUGAGUGCAAGUAAACUUCAAAAGUUUUAAAACUCUGCUCCUUGAUCUAAUCAGGUACCUUGUCCUUAAGAAUUCUUAUUCAGAUCUCUUUAGUCUUAAAAAUAAAUCUGGAUCUAAAGCUUCUCUUCAAGUCUGCUUAAUUAUACUUGUAUCUGAGCUAAUGAGCAUGAAGGUCUUCUGCCUUAGUAGUGCUUGUCACAAAGGACACACAGCCUUUGAGGGGCAGCAGGCUGACAAGGCCACCACAUCGUCAUGUCUAUUUAAGACAUCCAGGGGAAAUCAGCUUCUGGCAGGCACUUUCUAUAUCUCACACAAGCUGACAGGGCUACUGAAGCCUGGUCUGUCAUUCUGAGGAAGGAAAACAACUACACUGUUAGCUCAGCCUGCUUUCUUGAUAAUUGCUUUGUGGUUGCUGCUUAUUUUUGCUUUCUGAGCUCACUAACCCCAAAAUACUGUAUGGCACAGGAAAACAGAUAAAACGUCACACAACCAAACAAUGACAACUUGCCCAGGUUAGCAAAGAAGGGCUGCAACUCCUAAUUUUUAAUAAAACUAAAACGUUUUACCAGUCUCUGACCUUGUCAUUUUUCCCUGUGCCCAGUCAAGGGUCCGUCUGCCCACAUAUGAACUGUAUUUUCUCUGGUAGAUGAUGCUAGUCAGUGUCUUUGUGGAAGAGCUCUGAUGUGUGUACCAGACUAUAGCAAUAGGGUCUCCAACCUGAUAGGUAGUUCUUUUGAAGAUAGAUCACACACAAGGGUUUGUGGGAGUCCCUGCUUCUUGGUGGAAACAGAAGAAUUGGAAGUGUAUGUCUGAUGCCACUCUACCUACAUUUCCUGCUAUAAAUGCUUUCAUUUGCCCAAGACUCAUACUGGGAGUGGCUCCAAUCUGUUCUUCCUUUUAGCCAGGUUCUUAUGCAUUUCUUGACAUCAAGAAUUAGCUUUAUAUUCUAGGGAGAAUGUGCCCUAGUCCAUUUUCAGACAGGGCCUGACAAGAAAAUCAAUACAUUUCACAGAUCUUUUCUCUCUGAUAAGCUCUGCACAAGGGAUGAAUCAUGGGACAGAGUUAUUAUGGGGCUACUUUUCAAAGAGAUUUGGUUUCCUAACUCAUGGCAGUGCUUUUAAAAAGCAAAGUAGGUACCUGAAUACCACCAGCAGUCUGACCUUAGGAGUUCUAAGUGAGAUGAUGACAGUUGUCACAACCCUUGAACUGAGUCAAGAAAGUUGCUAAGGAGAGAGCUACUGGAGCUAAGGUGAUGACUGACUAUUGUAAUAGAUGUCUGUAUAUGAAAAGAAAAAAGGUACAUCACUACAAUUUCUAGAGAUACUAAAUAGAUGCUGUCCAGUUCAGUAUUUAAAAGCAGCUACAAGUCUAGCAUAGAUCAUGAGGCCAACCUACUUACUCAGAAGGCAUAGAAGUGAAGAGACAUCUAUCCUGAGUACUAGCACAAGAGAAGAGGGAGCAGGCCUACCACAAGGCAUUACUAAUUGAAAGAGAAAAAACAGAAGAGCAGACCUUCAUGCUUCCUCCAUCUGUUUUCACCCUCUAACUAUUUAAAUCACACUUCUGUGCGCUCGGCAAUUGAUAUAUCAACAUCAGGUCCUUUUUUACUCAUAACAGGGAUUAGUUCUUUUUUGUAGACUAAAGGGCAAGAAAAUAAACCAUUGUGGAUAAGGGCUGUAUUUAUAAUCUUCAAUUACUGGAAGACCUGUAUGAUAUAAUCUUCUGUAAAGGUCCUCUUGGGCUUGUGUUUGACUUGCCACAUCUCACACUGAGCAGUUUUCCCUCUACUGGAACUCUGACUGUGUACUUACUACAGUCAGGUUUUUAGGAAUGUAUAUUAACCAUUGCACCCGCAAAAACACUCAUGCAGACACAUAGCUCCUUCUUCCAUGGUUUAAAAGAAAACAUGGACAAAACCAAGGAAAAAGCCAACUCCAUACACUGAAAAAAUAACAUCCAUGAGGACUGCAACCACCCAACAAGCUUUCAGCCACAGGUGUUACUUCUUACAAUUAAACAAGCACUGCAUAUGGAUGUAGCUCUGUCUUAAUGCAUCUUUAGCAGUGGUUUCCAGGAGCUGCUUGCUUUCUCUACUCUGUAGCUUUCUUCUGAAUGAAAAAAAACAGGAGGCUGAUGCAUAAGAAACACCGAGUGUUCACCCAGUUGAGACAUCUUGUAGUCCAUUGUUAAUAGAACCAGCUUUUUCCAACUCCGAGGUACAGGGAGCUGCAAAAAUGACAAAAAAUGCUGUUACUUCCGGGCAUUCGGUUCCUCUUUUUGAUGAUAAUGCAAGUGAACAGUCAAAAUCUACCCGGAGAAAGAGAGUGCUUCCAUCUUGGAUGCUGGAAGAAGAUCUCCUGGUUGAGAGAAUUUCUGAGCCUGUACCGAAAGGAGGUAAUAGAAUGAAAAAAGGGCAAGGAUGGGGAGAAAGUAAUAUGAAGUCAUUAGAAUCAGAAGUAAAUGUGCAGCAGAAAAAAAGAUCAGUUUCUGAAGAAACUAUGGAGGAUUUUGAAGGUGAAGAGGAAGAUCAAAAGAAAAGAAGCUGUCUUUCCAUCCCUGUUCCUUCAUCUCGGAAUACAUCUGGAUUUCCUCUUGAGAAUACCAUGAGAAACAUGGAAGGCAAUGGCAAGACUGGAUCAAAAAAACAUGGAAGUUCUCUGGAAAAAAAUGAUAGGCAGCUGAAUAGUAAACGGUCCAAAAAAGUAGGUCAGAUCUCCAGUAAAGACAAUAGAAUUGAGGAAACAGAAAACAAAGAGCCGAUUACUGGUUCUCCAAGCCAACAAGCUCACUGGGGCAGGACUUCCCAAAAUUUUGAUGCCCAGGAAGGGAUUCUUGAGCCUGAUGCAAAUCUGGAUUAUGAGACUGAAAAUUCUGAUUCAACCAGAAGUGCAGAUGCUUCAGAAAGCUCCAGACAAAUCAAGCGUAAGAGGACACCUUGCAUGUAUGGAUCAGGCUGUUACAGGAAGAAUCCCGUUCACUUUCAGCAGUUCAGUCACCCUAAUGAUGAUGACUAUUAUGAAACAGAGAUCAUAGCUCAGGAUAACAAUGAUAAUCGGCCUGAAUGUCCAUAUGGAACAGCUUGUUACAGGAAGAAUCCUCAGCACAAGCUAGAAUACAAGCACACUGCACCUCCAGUAACUGAAAGAGCAACCCGACAAAGAACUUCAAAAAAUGAAGAUGUUGUCAAAAGGCCUGAUACUGUUUUCCAGGUGCUGGAAGAAAAGCCAGUAAGGAAAACUUUAAGUGAUCACAUGGGAAAAAGAGCUGUAGAGAAAGAUAGCGCCAGCGAUGAUGAACCAAAUGAAUAUGACCUUGAUGACAGCUUUAUAGAUGAUGAGGAAGAGGAGUGUGACCCUACUGAUGAAGACUCUGACUGGGAGCCAAGUUCAGAAGACAAGGAUAAUGAAGAUGUUGAAACACUUUUGCAAGAAGCACGUAGAUUUGUUAAGACCAAAAUAUAGCUGCACAGAACAACAUUACGUGUCUGAUCUGGUUGUGUUAAAACAUGGAUGCGCAAGGACAGGAACUGCUUUGAAAACUGGUUUUUCCUCAGUAAUGUAGGCCCUACAGAAAGAUUUUAAUGGGGGUGAGGGGAUUCAGCAAAGCCUUUUGUUUCCAUAUGUAUUAUUUUGUUGGGGUUUUCUGUUUCAUUAAGUGGUAGAGCCAGAGGACUGAGCUCUGAAAGUUUUUUUUUCCCCCUCAUCUAUUUCUUUUGCAACACCAUUGGUGUCUUUUAGUUUGAAAGGUUGUUAAUGCUUCACCUUCCUAUACUUAAAAGAAACAUUUGCAUUAGGAAAGCCUUUUAUUUUGCUGAAAUGCAAUAUAUAUAUAUAUAUACAUAUAUAUAUAUACGCACACUGUAUUGAAUGAAGAGGAGUUAUGCUUCACAUCUGCAGUAUUGCAGACCUACUUGGCCAUUGCUAGGGAAUCUGUAAACCAGUUUUUUAAUGUUCUUUUAAGUUGGUGCAGUCUUAAACUUCAUUAUUCUGCUCCUAGCUUUCCUCUUAGGUGUCAUUUCUUUGAUUCUCUUAAUGUACAGUAGUUAAAUACAGGUUGUUUAAAGAGGCACUUGAGAACAGUAUCUCAGUGUAUUGAACCCCUCGGUUGUCUCCACAACAACUGGUGUAUUUGUUCUCGUUACAGCAGUAUCAUUUGCUGUGCCUGUACAUCACUGGAAUUAUGUUCAAUUCACAACAAAUCCAAAGUCUUGGUGACUGUAUUUUUGCACAAUUAAACUUGUACCACAGUGUGGGAAAUACCU